AUGAAAGCAGAUGUUGGUUUCCUUCCAGCUGUGCAGCCGUGGAGCAGAACUCGUGGCCCCCAAGGGUCGAUGCUGGAGCCGGACCCCCGGCCCCUCCAGGCCCAGCUGGACUUCUUUCACAAGCUGGGUUACUCCACGGCCCAGGUCCAGGCCGUCCAGCAGAAGUUCGGCGCCGACACAGACAAAGUUCUGGGUGAGCUGGUCCGGAUCAGGGCGGGGCGGGACGCCGAUCUGGGCCCGGUGACCACCGUGUCGGUGCCCAGAGGGAGCCCUCGGGCCGGGGGCCCCGAGCUGCUGCUGCCCGUCAGCGACCCGUCUGUGCAGAACCAGGAGGAUGGAGGUGGACCUGUUCUGAGGGCCGUGGUGAUCGACGGUAGCAACGUGGCCAUGAGCCACGGGAACAAGGAGGUCUUUUCCUGCCUGGGGAUCCAGCUGGCUGUGAACUUCUUCCUGGACCGAGGUCACUCCGAUGUCACCGUCUUCGUCCCGUCGUGGAGGAAGGAGCAGCCGAGACCUGACGUUCCCAUCACACAACAAAACAUCCUGCGGGAGCUGGAGAGGAAGAAGGUUCUGGUGUUCACGCCGUCCCGCCGCGUCGCAGGAAGACGGGUCGUGUGUAACGACGACUGCUUCAUCGUGAAGCACGCCCUGGAGUCUGACGGCGUGGUGGUGUCCAACGACCAGUACCGGGACCUGCAGGGCCUGAACCCCGAGUGGAAGCGCUUCAUCGACGAGCGGCUGCUCAUGUACUCCUUCGUCAACAACAAGUUCAUGCUCCCUGAUGAUCCUCUGGGCCGACACGGGCCGACCCUGGAGAACUUCCUGAGAAGGUUUCCCAAGACGCAGAGGAAACAGACGUGUCCUUAUGGGAAGAAGUGUACCUACGGGAUGAAAUGUCGGUUCCACCACCCGGAGAGAGUCAUGCAGUCUCAACAUUCGGUUACUAUCGAUUUGCGGCAGAACUCCGAUCAGAAACGGGCUUUGACCCAUUGCAAUCCGGGCCCAGAGCUCAGCCUCAGCCUGGUGGAGGACAUACCAAAGCUGACUCUGGGAGACGAGAACGUCUCUUUAAAACAAGAACAUCUGGGUCAAGGCAGGCAGGAACACCGCUCUGGCUGGAGGCCUCAAACCAGGAAGAAGAAGGCCAGCCAACAGCCAGACCGAGGCUCGGUGAGGGACAUGAGGGACAGCAGCUCAGUGAGAGACAGGACUUCCCAGGAGCAGCUGGACUCUGGUUUGGGCUCCAUGGACAGUCAGCUGAUAGAGACAGUGAACAGUCUCUGCGAUCAGCACUACAGGCCGUCUUACGGUAGUGUCCAACAGCAGUUCUGCCCACCCUGCAGCUGCUGCUUUCCUGGUCCCUCCCGUCCCCCCAGCACUGAUCCGUCCCCCCACAGUCCUUCGUGCCCAAGCUGUGUGUUCCCCAUCAGUUGGCCUCCCUUCAGUCAGUCCGCAGACUUCCAGUGCAGCAGCAGGCUCCGCCCCCAGCGGCGGUUCUGGUCUGACCCAUUCUGCAUCUGUCCCCUGGAGACCCGCAGACAGCUAGGCGAGUGCUCGCUGUGGGACCCCCCACCGCGUCCCUGCAGGAAGGACAGGGAGGACGUCCGCAAGAAGCUCCUCGCCAUCUUCAGCGCCCAGCAGGUGGACGCAGCCAUGGACAUGUCCCCGGGCCAGCUGGACCCACAGAGGCUGGUGGCACAGAUCCUGAUGUUGCAGAGCCAGAACCGGUCUCUGAGAUGAGUCCGGUCCAAGGAUUUCAGGAGUCCGUGUGUUUUGGUAUCGUGGUAUCCACGUUGUUGCCUCGUCGACGAGCGAGGAGCGUCUGAUGCAGAUUGUAUCGUUUAACAGAGAA